UGUUGACGGCGAACGAAAUAGCUCAGUCCUUCUGCAAUCGUCACCGCAGUCACAAUCGGAGGCGGUGCAAUAGAAGAAAGGUCAUUUGGAGGAGCUGUACCGUGCCAAGGGUUUGAUUGAAUUCGUGAACUACACACGAAUGAGUUAGCUGUAGUAGGGAAAGAAGUUAUUCUAACUGUGUUCCGUUAAAAAAGCGUCGACGCUCACCUCGCCGUGGAUAUUCUUUCCACAGUGCACGCAAUGGCCUAUGCUAGUUCGUAUUACCGCCAGUCGACAGCAGGGUUUCUCAUCGUGUUACUUAUCAACCAAGCUGCCGCGGAUCCAAUAAUGACCGGUAUUAUGCAAGUGGCAACAAAGGAAAUGGUGCGAAACUGGAUGCAGUCUCGCGCACGGAGGAGCCUCGCUGAGGAAAUUUCGGCAACGGCCCGCUCACUCGGAGCUGAGUUCGCUGAAAGAACCGGUGGCAUUCUAGCCGCCAUUGCAGUUUCACCCUUCCUUUUGCCGCUGUGGCUUCCGCUUAUGCUUCUCGGGUCAGCAUUUUUCAUGACAACAUUGGCACCGUCCAUGAUUCCAGCGUUUGUUCGUAGUAUGACGCCGCUGCUCAACCAAUUAACGCCAAUGCUUUCGUCGUUUGGCUUUGAUGAGGCAGCUCGGGCACUCGAGCCUCAACAACUGGCACGUUCACUCCAACCAGGUGAACUCCUGGAACGUGGUCUCGACGUCCUGGAUGUAAGAGACAGCGAAUGUCGUCGUAAGAUGUUCUGCGAGCUAGGAUCGUAUACUCUCGAUAAGCAACCGGCCAUGGCACGCUUCCUUGACCUCUUUUCUGAGACCGUCGGACGAAUGUUUCCCUCGUACGCUGAAUCGCUCGUGCGCGGAAUUCGCGGAAUUGAUUGUGGGAAAAUCUACGAACACUGCGGCGUAUCGCCAUUCGGCAAAGUGCUCAAUUACUAUUUUGUGUGAGGGCGUCACCUGGAACCUUUUUGUGGGAGAGAUGUGCUGCGACCGAACUGGUCAGAGCGUAGAACAGACAGAGGACCACGCUGUUGUUUGUGACCGAACAUGCCUGAGACUACGGCCGAAUACCUAAUUAGGAUAGGCCAGACAUAAUCUCGGCAAACGAAUCCGUAGCGACAUCCUUGCUAGUCCUUCGUGUUGUACUUGCAUCUAAUUUUUGUAGUUACAUUUUGUCCCGCCAGCGAGUUGGACCUGAAAUAGCAUUUUUCGCCCCCUGUCUGUUCAAACACCAUACAUCGUCGCCGUAACAAUUAUCCAGUUGACAGAGCUCAGCAUCUUCGGUAAAGAUAGAACUGCUAAUAUUUGGACAACAAUAGCUUAAAUGAUGCAUGUGAGCAUAGAGAAAAGAAGCAGAUAUUGACAGAAAUGGCCAGACAAAGAGAUCAAGCGUUUGAUAGCUAUGUUCUAUUGUGCAGCUUGAGAUCGCCUUUUAACGAUUACUAAAUUCUACAGAUUCUGCCAUUGGAUACUCAAUUAUAAGGCUGGGCCAGUAAAUUGAUGGAGGCUUGCCACACAUUUUGCACGUUGCAGAAACAAGAGAAAUUGUUUGACAAUUUUUAAAAAAUGUUUGCUACAGACGAUAUGUGCUUUUACAAAAACCUGAUAGCUGACAAAAAGAUGUAGUCUUACGUUUCUUGUGAAGUAGUUCGUAGGCAUUUAGGCAGUCCCUUAUUGGCUGUUGAAACCGAAUUAAGUUUACUGACAUAUCUACGGAGGAAACGAUACCGUAAAAGAGAUGUGUAUUAUAUAUUGAAACAAUGCAAAAAUAACGAGUAUACAAUGUGUUAGAAUCUAUCGCUCGUAGAUGCUGCAAUUCAAAAUGUCGAAACCGCGUCUGAUAUUGAUGAUUCAUUGCUAAGGAUUGUCAGUUUUCUUCGCGAGCCGAUAAUUGAGUUUGCAACAGCGCCAAACAUGUGGGUACCUAACUGGCAACGGGUAAUCAUUCUACUAAAUGACAUCUGUUCAUUUUACGAUAAUGUACCUUUUUGUCUCGGAGGCUUCUUUCUUCGCCUGCGUCUCCAAACUCAGCCUUUCAUACGAUGCAGAAAUGUGCAUAGACCCUUGUAAAUAGAGACGAAUAUGUAAAUAAACUCAA